UACCGUUAUACAAGCCCACACCCCUAUUGCAGGCCACACUUAUAAUUACCUGCCGUGUUUGCUGAUGUUGUAACCAGUUCAGUGGAUUAGGGUCAGGGGCUAUUACGGUGCUACAGACCACAGAAAAGUUUUGGAAGAGACGAUGCGGGAAGAGGACUCCUCUCCAAUGGACAGUGCGGGGAACAGUGAGGAGGAGACCGACCGUCAACUGCCGCGGAGAGGCGCGAGGAAGCGGCGGGCCACACGAAAGAGCGCGGACGACGAGGAAGAGGGAGACAUGGAGAGUCCGAGCACCGGGAAAAAGACAUGCAGAAAGACCUGCGAUGGAGGAGGCGGCAGCGCUGGGAGCGGCGGCAGUGAAGGCAGCAGCAGCCCCGAGCCCUCCUUCGAUGAUCUACAGACACAGCGCGUGAUGGCCAACAUCCGAGAGCGACAACGGACGCAGUCGCUGAACGAGGCAUUCACGUCGCUACGCAAGAUCAUCCCCACCCUCCCAUCGGACAAACUCAGCAAGAUCCAGACGCUGAAGCUCGCGGCCCGGUACAUCGACUUCCUGUGCCAAGUUCUGCAAAGCGACGAGCUGGACGCGCGAGGGACAAGCUGCAGCUACGUGGCGCACGAGCGCCUGAGCUACGCGUUCUCGGUCUGGAGGAUGGGGGGAGCGUGGACCUUGUCUACUACGUCCCACUAGCAGGGCUGCUGUGGAUGGUCCAGCACGAUUAUCCAGACUGAAGAACCAGUGGAUGAGGCCGACCCUUCAGAUAAACUGAAAGAGGCCAAACACAGCUGACGCCCAGCCGCUGUGCUUUAGGCCUCAGAAGAGAGCGGGCUUUUCAUUUUUCCCGUUGCGUGGACUCUAAUGUUUGCAAGGGAGCACUUAGGACAGACAGGACGGAUAUGAAGAAAGGAAGACCACUGCGACGAUGAAUGUUGUAAAAACAAAACGAGCUCUGAGGAACUGCUCUGUUUUGAAACUCGAGAGAAAAAUGACAAUUCAUUCCACAUUCCCUGUGACAAUGUUUCACAGCAAAUGAAGUAUUUUGUAUUUAUUUUUCUACACCGGUUCGAAAUUCCUUUCCCCCACUCAAAUAAAAGUUAUUUAUUUUGGGAUAUCUCGUGAAUGUUGAAUGGAUCUGGAGUAUGGGCAUUUUGAGUGCUGUAAAUAUUUGGUAAUGUCUUGAAUAAAAACAAUGAAAGUA